AUGAUUAUUUACAAGGAUCUCAUUACCGACGACGAGAUCAUCUCGGACUCGUACGACCUCAAGCUCAUCGAUGACAUUGUCUACGAGGCCGACUGCGCCAUGAUCACUGAGGGUGCUGUCGAAGUUAACACUGGUGCCAACGCCUCCGCUGAGGAAGCCGACGAGGCCCUCGAUGAUGCCGAGGUCAAGGUCAACAACAUCGUCCACUCUUUCCGUCUCCAGACCACUGCCUUCGACAAGAAGUCCUACCUCACCUAUCUUAAGGGUUACAUGAAGUCUGUCAAGACUGCUCUUCAGGAGAAGGGUGCCAGUGCCGACACUAUUACCGCUUUCGAGAAGGGUGCCUCGAAGUACGUUAAGGAGAAGCUCCUCCCUAACUUCAAGGACUUCGAAUUCUACGUUGGCGAGUCCCAGAACCCCGACGGAAUGGUCGUUCUCCUGAACUACCGUGAGGAUGGUGUUACCCCUUAUAUCAUUGUCUGGAAGCACGGACUUUCCGAGAUGAAGGUCUAA